CGUGCUGGUUCCUCCACUUCUUCUGGGAGAUCAGGUGACAGAAACUCACCAAACAAAUCUGACAGUGAGACAUGGCAUUCUGGGUAGGAGCGUGAGGAAACUGGUAAAAGUGUGCAACCACAAGCCAUGACUGCUGAUAAAUCAAAACUAGGUACUCAUUAUACCCAAAGUGAGGGAGAUGUGUCGGACACUAAAAUACUGAAGGACAAAGGAAAACAUAUUGAAGUUCGAUCAUCUUCAAAUAAAUUGGAAAGUGGAUCAUCAAUAGGCACCUCAUAUGCUGCUGGAGAGGAAUUUUCUAGUCGAACUGAAAAUGAAAAAGAUUUGAAAGUCACUACUUCUGGCUUAAAAAAAAUGGAGUCACCAAAUCCAUUAUCUGUUAGAGGGCAACCUAUUGCAGCAGAAAUUGUAAACAUCGGUGGAUCUGACAUUUCCAGAACUGAAUCAGUGAUGCCGGUAAAAGAAUCCAUUGCUCCAGUGAAGACUAAAAUGUCUGGCUCAGACAGAAUGGAUGGAGAGUUGAAACAACGGAAGUUUCAGCGGAAAAGUCAGGUUUCAAGAGAUAGGUUCGAUGACUGGGAAGAAGCCUAUAAUGUUGAACUUGAGCAGCGGCAAACUGAUGAAUUGUUCAUGAAGGAAGCACUUUUGGAAGCCAGAAAGGCCGGUGAUACUUGGGAGGUCCCUGUUGGUGCUGUUCUUGUGCAGCAUGGAAAAAUUAUUGCAAGAGGAUGUAACUUAGUAGAAGAGUUACGGGACUCCACAGCUCACGCAGAGAUGGUCUGUAUACGAGAAGCUUCAAAACAUCUCAACUCAUGGAAACUAUCAGAAACUACACUUUAUGUAACGCUUGAACCCUGUGCAAUGUGCGCUGGUGCCAUUCUUCAGGCAAGAGUAGAUACUGUUGUGUGGGGAGCUCCCAAUAAGCUUCUUGGAGCUGAUGGCAGCUGGGUUAGGCUUUUUCCUGAUGGAGGAGAAAGUGUCUCAGAAGCAAGAGAUAUACCUCCUGCACCAGUUCACCCAUUCCAUCCGAAAAUAAAAAUAAGAAGAGGAGUAUUGGCGACAGAGUGCGCAGAUGUAAUGCAGCAAUUCUUUCAACUGAGAAGGCGGAAGAAGAAAGAAGAUCCACUUCCUAUUACUACCCACCAUCCUUCCAAAUUACUCAAUAAGAUACAAGACAUCUUUCAUAAGAAAAAAGUAAAGAAAAGAAAAACAACUACUCCCUAGGAAUGGAGAUUCUCAAAGCAUAUGCAAGCAUGGCAGUAGCAAACUCCACCUCCAUUGGCGGAGAUGACACAAUAUUCAGAGUUAAGUUGAGAAGAUCCCUUUUGGCGGAAAAAUCAGCACAUUGAUUUCCUUCUUGAAGAGUACGUUGGAACUUCACAUGCGAACUCAUGAAAAGGUUGGACCAUUUCAUUUAAUAACUUUAUAGCAACGAGGGAGUCCGAAAAACAUGCCAAUGAUUCUCAAUGAAGUUUAUUGUUGUAGCCAAUGUGACCAUGAAAACCAGUUAUCAAUCACCAUUAUCAGAUCUCACCAAGCCACCAAAACGACCAACUCCAAGAUUCAAGCCAACUAUUUAGCCAAAUAAGGAGCGAAUGUAUUCAUUCAUUCAUAUAUGAAAUAAACAAAAUUUAAAUUGAUUAUUGUAAUUAAUAGCUCUUGAUCACAUUAAUUUGCAAUAAAUUACUAUUUAAAUUUAAAA